GUGACCCUGGCGAGUCCUUCUGCGCCUGUGAGGGAGCCCGGAGCGCAGCGGCGAUGGGGCUGCGGGACGAGGAGAUGCUGGAGGGCCGCAGCGGGGAACCUGAGGUUGAGGAAGAGGAGGAGGAGGCAGAGCUGGUGGAUCCUUUAACCACAGUAAGGGAGCACUGUGAGCAGACUGAGAAGUGCGUGAAGGCACGGGAGAAGCUGGAGCUGUGUAAUGCGCGAGUGUCUGCAAGGUCCCACACGCAGGAGGAAUGUACGGAAGAGCUUUUUGACUUCCUGCAUGCCAGGGACCACUGUGUGGCUCACAAACUCUUUAAGAAUCUGAAGUAAAUGUUGGAGCAAGUCCCACCAUCUGCCUCCAUCGUUCAGCUGGAACACGGUGCAGUUUCUUUUUGGAUUCCAAGUGCUGCUUCCUGCCCGUUAUUGUGAAUGUACAGUAUAAGUGAACAGCUUCCUGGCUGUGCUGCGGUGAUCCAGGUGCCAACGUGUCAUUGCAUCUCUGUUCCAUGAAAAAUGUGCAGCUGUAACAAAACCAUCUUCUGUGGUUUUCCAUAUUAAACAUUUUCAAAGUU